AAGAGGGCAGGGACUCUCCGGGGCUGGAGUGCGGUACCUGAGCGAGACGCGCACCAGAAAGCCCACGUUGGCCGCUGCGGGGAGCGCAGCUCCGAGAGGCGGGAGUCUGCGAAUUCUCGCGCCGACGCCGCGGUCGCUGCUCUGCGCGCGGGUCCAGUUCCCUCCCAUUCCCUCUGCGGGCGGUGUUUGCGGGGCAGCCGGGAGAGCUCAGAACGGAAAGCAAGAUCCUUGCCGCCUCUGCUUGGGGGGUCGAGCGGCGCACGGAGAUUUUGAGGGGGGCAGCGACAGUGCCCGAGGGCGGAGGGCGCGGAGUUUGUGAGCGGGAAGGAAGUUAAGCCUCGCGGAGAAGACUGGCAUCUCGGGACGCCUUGUCGCCACAGCCUGGGCCCCACGGCGGAGUAAACUUCACCGCGGCUGUGCCAGCCAAGGAGAGGCGUGCGCGGGGAUGAUGCCGGGCAUCCCCCCCAGCUGGUGAGCCGCCCGGUCGCCCCGGGUCCCACACAGCCGCCCCGGAGGGCGCGGGACAGCGCACGUGCGCGGGGCAGCGAGGCCCGAGAGUGACCGCGCCGUGACCCGCCCAGGGGCCAGGGCUCGGGCUGCAGCGCAGUCCCGACUCGGACACACCUGGCCCGGACCUUGCGCCUCCAGAGACCUGAGCCAGAGUGUGGGGCUCCCCUCCAAGUGGUUCUCCGGGUGAUCGUCCUCUUCGCCUCCCCUCCAGCCUGGGCAAUUGGGGGCGCCCCAGAGGACGAUGAGAGAUAAGGACUGAGGGCCAGGAAGGGGAAGCGAGCCCGCCGAGAGGUGGCGGGGGCUGCUCACGCUAAGGGCCACAGCGGCAGCGCUCCGGCCUCGCACCGCCGCUCCACGCCUCGCGGGGCCCGCGGGGCCAGCCCGGCCGGGCGGGGAUGCUGGGGCGGAGGGCGCAGUGGCUGUGCUGGUUGUGGGGGCUGCUGUGCAGCUGCUGCGGCCCCCAGCCGCUGCGGCCCCCCCUGCCCGCCGCCGCCGCUGCCGCCGGCGGGGGGGCGCUGCUGGGGGACGGCGGGAGCCCGGGCCACGCGGAGCAGCCGCCGCCGCCGCCGCAGUCCUCCUCGGGCUUCCUCUACCGGCGGCUCAAGACGCACGAGAAGCGCGAGAUGCAGAAGGAGAUUCUCUCCGUGCUGGGGCUCCCGCACCGGCCCCGGCCCCUGCACGGCCUCCAGCAGCCGCAGCCCGCUGCGCUCCCGCAGGAGCAGCCUCGCGGGGAGCCCCCUCCCGGGCGGCUGAAGUCUGCGCCCCUUUUCAUGCUGGAUCUGUACAACGCCCUGGCAGCCGACGACGAUGAGGACUGGGCGUCGGACGAGGAGAGGCGGCAGCCCGGGCCCCGAGGAGCGGCCGGCUCGUCCCAGCCCCGGCAGCCGCCCCCCGGCGCGGCGCACCCGGUCAACGGCAAGAGCCUCCUGGCCUCGGGACCCGGCGGCGGCACGUCCCCACUGACCAGUGCGCAGGACAGCGCCUUCCUCAACGACGCGGACAUGGUCAUGAGCUUUGUGAACCUGGUGGAGCACGAGAAGGAGUUCUCCCCUGGCCAGCGAUACCACAAAGAGUUCAAGUUCAACUUAUCCCAGAUUCCUGAGGGUGAGGCGGUGACGGCUGCAGAAUUCCGAAUCUACAAGGACUGUGUUGUGGGGAGUUUUAAAAACCAAACUUUUCUUAUCAGCAUUUAUCAAGUCUUGCAGGAGCAUCAGCACAGAGACUCUGACCUAUUUUUGUUGGACACCCGCAUGGUGUGGGCCUCAGAAGAAGGCUGGCUGGAAUUUGACAUCACAGCCACUAGCAACCUGUGGGUCGUGACCCCACAGCACAACAUGGGGCUUCAGCUGAGCGUGGUGACUCGGGAUGGACUCAACAUCAACCCCCGAGCCGCAGGCCUGGUGGGCAGAGACGGCCCUUAUGACAAGCAGCCCUUCAUGGUGGCCUUCUUCAAAGUGAGUGAGGUCCAUGUGCGCACCACGAGGUCAGCCCCUGGGCGGCGCCGACAGCAGAGCCGCAAUCGCUCCACCCAGUCGCAGGACGUGUCACGGGUCUCCAGCGCCUCAGAUUAUAACAGCAGUGAGUUGAAAACAGCCUGCCGGAAACAUGAGCUUUACGUGAGCUUCCAAGACCUGGGAUGGCAGGACUGGAUCAUCGCACCCAAGGGCUAUGCUGCCAAUUACUGUGAUGGAGAAUGCUCCUUCCCACUCAACGCACACAUGAACGCCACAAACCACGCGAUCGUGCAGACGCUGGUUCACCUUAUGAAUCCUGAGUAUGUCCCCAAACCGUGCUGUGCACCGACCAAACUGAAUGCCAUCUCGGUUCUUUACUUUGAUGACAACUCCAACGUCAUCUUGAAAAAAUACAGGAAUAUGGUCGUCAGAGCUUGUGGAUGCCACUAACUCAAAACCAGUUGCUGGGGACAGAUGCUGCCUUGGGUUCCCAGAUGACGUCUGCCUUAAAAACAAACAUUCAGAAGCACAGCGAAGGGGGGAGGCGAGGCUUCGAAGCCGUUCAGUGCUGGUUGGUGCCUUACCGCCCACGGAAGAUUGUAAAGGGCCUCGUUAAUAAUUCGCUCACACAGUAAAUAACGUGAGUAGUUGUUGGUCUAUAGGAAAUGGAGUUUGGAUGUCUGCAGUAUGAAGUCUGGUUAACUAAAGAAACAUAACUUUGAAGUAUCCCCCCCCCCCAAACCCAACAAAAGAAAAAGAG